AUGAAAUAUCUAAUUCCACUUUAUUUUAUACUCUUUUUAUCAAUUAUUACUAUUAUUAAUGUAUUCUCGUCGUCAAUACAAUCAACGACAACAAAACCAGUAAAUGGUACCAGAUAUAGAUGGAGACCAUUGAAUAAACCAUUGAAUGGAACUUUUAUAACAAAAUUAGGAAAAGAAGCAGUAGAUUUUUUCAACACAAAACAUCCAAAAAAAGCAUUGACAUAUGUAAAUGUUACAUCAGCUCAAAAGCGUGGAAAAAAAGAAAAUGGAAACAAACAAAUUAAGCUUAAAAUUUUGGUUUCCAGAAUUAGUAGUAAUGAAGCAAAUGCCCAGCUUUUAUGUCAUCACCUUCGUGCAAUAUUUAAUGUAUCAACAGAAGGUAAAAAAACGAUAGUAAAAGAAAGGCAAAUUGGUUUAAAAACCAAAUUUGACUGUUAUAAGAAAAACAAUACCUCAUCAAACGCUAUAAAACAGCCUAAUAAUAAAGAUAAUAACAUACCUGAAUAA